GUUUAAAACCACGUGUUUUCCUGAACAAAGUAAAGGUGUAAAGGGUUAAAGAUCAUUUCGGCAGCAGAUUCACAUUCAGCAGGUUUGCUCUCUCCAGUACUUGCAUCGCUCCGCGGGCAGCGCUGGCUCGCUCCGAUAUUUCAACCCGCUGUGGAUUGUGGGAGUCGAGGACACUGCCCAGGCUUGUUCCCAGAGAACCGGAGACAUUUUCCCCGCUGUGUUUUUGUCCCAACUUGUCUGCAGCAGUCAGGGAAAGACUGCCUGCGUUUCAGCCUCAGAUUGUAAUUUCAACCAGUAAGAUGAGCACAUCUCUUCACAUCUAGCCAAGACAUAUUAAAGAAAGAGGUCACUCUACAAGCACAACACUGGUGGCGCCAUGUCUAGCCGAGGAGGAAAGAAGAAGUCGACCAAGACGUCCCGGUCCACCAAGGCUGGGGUCAUCUUCCCUGUGGGGCGUAUGCUGCGCUACAUCAAGAGGGGCCUGCCCAAAUAUCGCAUCGGGGUGGGAGCGCCCGUCUACCUGGCUGCUGUCCUCGAGUAUCUUACUGCCGAGAUCUUGGAGUUGGCAGGUAAUGCAGCCAGAGACAACAAGAAGGGCCGCGUCACACCACGACACAUCCUGCUGGCCAUCGCCAACGAUGAGGAGUUGAACCAGUUACUGAAGGGUGUGACCAUCGCAGCAGGUGGAGUCCUGCCCAACAUCCAUCCAGAGCUGCUGGCUAAGAAGAGAGGAGCAAAGGGAAAACUGGAGAUACCCGUCUCACCUGCACCAGAAAAGAAACCCAAGACGGUCAAGAAAACAGCGGCUAAGAAAAUUACUGGGAAAAAGGCGGGGGCGAAAGCUAAGAAGCAAGGAGAGGUGAGCAAGGCAGCGUCGGCAGACAGCACCACAGAGGGAUCUCCAGUUGACAGCUUCACCGUGCUCUCCACCAAGAGCCUCUUCCUGGGUCAAAAGUUGCAAGUUGUCCAAGCCGACAUUUCCAUCGUGGAGAGCGACGCUGUCGUUCACCCGACCAACUCCUCCCUCUAUACAGGUGGUGAAGUAGGCUCGGCUCUGGAAAAGAAGGGAGGGAAGGAGUUCACUGAAGCGCUGUCGGAGCUGAAGAAGAAGAACGGCCCUCUGGAGGUGGCUGGUGCUGUGUUGACCGCCGGCUUCGGUCUUCCUGCUAAGUACGUCAUCCACUGUAACAGUCCAGGCUGGGGCUCCGACAAGUGCGAAGAGAUGCUUGACAAGACGGUGAAGAACUGCCUGGCUCUGGCAGACGAGAAGAAACUGAAGUCGGUGGCUUUCCCGUCCAUUGGUAGUGGGAGGAAUGGUUUCCCGAAACAGACGGCGGCCCAGCUUAUCCUUAAGGCCAUCUCCAGCUACUUUGUGGCCACAAUGUCUUCCACCAUCAAGACCGUCUACUUUGUGCUGUUUGACAGCGAGAGCAUUGGGAUCUACGUGCAGGAAAUGGCCAAGCUGGAGACGAGCUAAGAGUUUGGAGUUUUUUCCUCCUUGUCCCUUUUUUCCCUGCACCCUGUUUUUCUGCAAGGAAGUAGGAAGGUGUUUACUAGUGAUUUGUUUUAUUAUCAAGAGAAGAAGAAAAAGAAGAAUCUUUCUAAAGGCCGGGAACUUGUUUUUGCAUUAUGUUUGUAUUUUUCCUACAUUGUUUUUAAUUUCUUAUGUACUUGUCACCUCUGGCGUUUAAAUGUAAAAGUGCACUGUUCAUUCAGCGGUCUUUUACUACAAACAGUGCCCUACAAAACAGAUUCAUCAAGUGAAAAGACUCACUUAAGAUUUAAUUUUCAUGUUAUAAGCAGUAAAAGAUGUUAUGAGAGAUAGCUACACCUCAAUUAUAAGGCUUCCAGAGAAGUCAGAUGAAUACGGGUUAAUGCAUGUAAUGGCAGUCAAGAUAAUUAAACAGCUUUUCUCUUUCUUUUAAUCAUAAAAACACUUGAUACAGUGUAUUUUUGGUAUCAAUUUUGCGUUUUGGAACGUCUCUGUUGUUAACAGUACUGUAUAAUGAAAAGGUGAAGUUUGAUUUGCUCUACUUUGGUCUUCAGGAGACUAAUAUAACAGAAAUAUGGAAUGAGUUUUUGUGUUGUGUGUUGCAAAUUCCUGCAUUUGCCUUUCUUUACACUGGCAAAAAUAAGUUUCCUUGUGAGCUGCAGAGACCUUGAAUUUCACAAAAAGAACUUUGAAAAAAAAAAAAUUCUGUAAAUGCCUGCAUACACCGAUGAGCCAAGACAUUAAAACCACUGACAGGUAAAAUUAAUGAUCUUGAUCAUCUCGCUAUAAUGCAGUGUUCUGCAGGGAAUCCUUGGGUCCUGGCAUUCAUGUGGAUGCUACUUUACAUGCACCAUCUACCCAAACACAGUUAGAGAACGAUGGCAGGGCCCCCCCAGCAGGACAGUGUACCUUGCCACACUGCAAAAACUGCUGAGGAAAGGCUUGAGGAAUGUGACAAAAAACUUGCGCAUCAACCUAGCCUCCAAAUUCCCCAGAUCCCAAUCUCAUUGAGUAUCAGUGGGACAUGCUGGUACCCUAGAGGUCCCCUGAUCCAUUGUGGGGUCUCCUUGGAUCGGACCUGACCUGUCGAGACCUGGACAUAAGGCCUCUGUGGGGUGUCCUGUGAUGUUUGGCACAGGAGCACUUACAGUGUAUCCUUUGAGUCCUGUGGGUUGCGAGAUGGGGCACCAGCAUGUCCCUUGGAUGCUUUAUCAGAUUGGGAUCUGGGAAAUUAGGAGCCCAUAUUGGUAUGUUAGGCUCAAGUUCCUCGGGCCUUUCUUAAACAGUUUUAUCGGCGGUCAGUAGUCUUAAUGUUUUGGCUGAAAGGUGUGUUGUAAUCAGCAUCCUGGUACCAGCGUCAAGAGUUUAUACUGUAAACUGAACACCUGUUGGUUUUCAUGUGCAGUAAUAAUAAUUCAAUUUAUGACAUAAAAUAGAGGAAUUUGAGGUUUUUGCAGGGCACGGAUGGUUUAUAUUGUGUGUUCCUAUCAAUGUUUAUAUAGAUGGAGUAUUUGUGAAAUGUUAUGGUAAAAUAUUAGACUGUAACAUAGAUUUUUAUUUUCUAUUUUAAUUGAUACUACAGGUGGUUUGGAAGAAAAAAAUACUAAUGAGAAAGAUGUUUUUUGUGUGUUUUUUCUUUGUUAAGCCAUAAAACAAAUGUACCCAUUUUUGCUGGAAUUAGAAGCUCUGUUCUGUUGCUUUUGGUUUGCUCGUUCAUUCAGCCGCCACUAGAUGGCUCCCUGUAAUCAAGGAUUGGAUUUUCUCAUCUCAGCCAUUUUCUGUGCAGCAGCAGGCCUCUUCACAAAGACACUGUUUAACUUGAGUUGUAUUUGAAUUGGGAUUGACGGACAUAUAUAUUUGGGGAACCCGACUACUCUGCUGCAUUUGGACUUUUCAAAAGCCUAACUUUCUUAUGAAAAGUAAAAAAAAAAAGUGCUUUCUAAAGAAUUGCUAUAAUUGAUGAUUCUACAAAAGGUCUGUACACACUCCGAUAAUAAAAUACCUUAAAGGCAUCA